GGGAUAAGCCAAGCCCAAAGGUCUGGAACCUGUGAUCCGAGACGUCCUUCUGGCUUCUGCACGCGAGUGAGUCUCCGCCAGAGCCCUCUCGUCUCCAGCCCUCGAAUCUCGAGCCCCCGCGUCCGCCUCGCGUCUCCGCGUCCCCGAGUUCAGACCACCCCCAGAAGGAUGCGCUGCUCUCCGACGGCUUCAGCAGCCUUCAUGCUGUGUGCAGCCACCGCCGGGCUGCUGAGCGCGCAGGGCCGCCCGGCGCCUUCUCCCGAGCCGCAGCGCUUCGCGUCCUGGGACGAGGUGAACGUGCUGGCGCACGGGCUCCUGCAGCUCGGCCACGGGCUGCGCGAGCACGUGGAGCGCACCCGGGGGCAGCUGGGCGAGCUGGAGCGGCGUCUAAGCGCCUGCGGGGCAGCCUGCAAGGAGUCUGGGGGGUCCGCCGCGCCCCCGCGCGGGUCCGAGGGUCUGGGCCCACGUGGCGACGCUGCCCCCGAGACCCUCCGCACCCUGCAGACUCAGCUCAAGACCCAAAACAGCAGGAUUGAGCAACUCUUCCACAAGGUAGCCCAGCAGCAGCGGCACCUGGAGAAGCAGCAGCUGAAAAUACAGAAUCUGCAAAGCCAGGUGGGCCUCCUGGCCCCCAUGCACCUGGGCCACGGGAUGGCCAAGCCUGCCAGGAAGAAGAGGCUCCCGAAGAUGGCGCAGCUCGUAGGCCCUGCUCACAAUAUCAGCCGCCUGCACAGGCUGCCCAGGGACUGCCAAGAGCUGUUUGAUGAGGGAGAGAGGCAAAGUGGACUGUUCCAGAUCCAGCCUCAGGGGUCCCCGCCCUUCCUGGUUAACUGCAAGAUGACCUCAGAUGGAGGCUGGACUGUAAUUCAGAGGCGCCAGGAUGGCUCCGUGGACUUUAACCAGCCCUGGGAAGCCUACAAGGCUGGCUUUGGAGACCCUCAAGGUGAGUUCUGGCUGGGCUUGGAGAAGGUGCACCACAUCCUGGGGGACCGCAGCAGCCGCCUGGCCGUGCAGCUGCAGGACUGGGAGGGCAAUGCCGAGUCACUGCAGUUCCCUGUUCAUCUGGGCGGUGAGGACACAGCCUAUAGCCUGCAGCUUACAGCUCCUGUGGCCAAUGAACUGGGGGCCACCACGGUGGCGCCCAGCGGCCUCUCCUUGCCCUUCUCCACUUGGGAUCAGGACCACGACCUCCGAGGGGACAAGAACUGUGCCAAGAGCCUCUCUGGUGGCUGGUGGUUUGGCACCUGUGGCCAUUCCAAUCUCAAUGGCCAAUACUUCCAUUCCAUCCCACACCAGCGGCAGCAGCGUAAGAAGGGCAUCUUCUGGAAGGCCUGGCGGGGCCGCUACUACCCACUGCAGGCCACCACGAUGCUGAUCCAGCCCACAGAGACGGAAGCAGCCUCCUAGCCUCCUCCCUGGGGCCUGGUCCCAGGCUCAUAGAGGACAGUGACUCUGACUCUGGCCCGGCAUGUGGCCGUUCCCUGCCUCGGCGGGGGCUCAAGACAGGGGCCAUCUGGAGCCUCAUGGACAGAGAAGCAGCUCACGACCGAAGAUGCCCCCCUUGCUGAGUGGGGGGUUGCAGGUGAUGUCCUCUGAGGACAGAGCUGUAGGGUUUCAGGGCACAGACUCUGGAAGCGUGAGACUGAAGGGCACUGAGACCUACUCCUUGCCUGCCUGAGGAGUCAGGGACACAGAGGGACCACUUGGGGGCAGCCAGGCCAGCCCUCGAUGGCGGAUUCAGUCACAUUGACUGGCUCAGGGACCAGGGCUCCCAGGAGCCCGCAGUGCUCUCCCAGUGCUCUGGCGUGUGGGUGCUGUGGGCUGAGCCUGCGCUAGUGGGGUCCAGAUGGAGCUCGCAGAAUCCUUGCAAUAAAAUCAACCUCAGAACAUUUU